AUGAAUCCCAAUAACUCAAGAAAACCUUCUCAAAAUGCCAGAGCAUUAACACUUGCUGAUUUAGACUAAUAAUCUAUCUCAGAAGACUCUGCUAUAGAUUUAGAUUAAUCUUAAUUACAUAAAUUAGGAAUUGAUAUAAGUAAUAUUUAAGCUGCUGAUUUAACUUAAAUUGAUGAGCAGCAUAGCAAAUCAAUCAUUCGUUUUUCUAAAAAAAAUAGUGAUUCAACUACGAAUAUCGAUUUAACUCAUCAUAUAUACUAAUUUAAACAAAAAAUUUAAGAUUUACAAUUAGAAUUAGGAUCUGAUAGAUCGGAUCCUUAUCAAAUUUCUUUACAUUCAUUUAAGAAUUAAGAUGAUAAUUCAUAAAACUAAGGUAUAUGUGUUUCAGAAGCACUUGGAACAAAUGUUCGCUCUUAAAAUUAACAGAAAAAUUAUGCAUAAUAAAAUUAAACAUCAAAUUAAUUUAAAGUUCCAAAUACUUCUUAAUAAUCAUCUGGAGGUCUUAGUUAUAAUAUUCCUCAUUUAAAUUCAACGGGUAAUCAAGCUUCUCAUAAUGUAAAUCCAAUUGGCAAUAUUUAUGAACAAUUAGAAUACCAUAAAUUAAAAUUUUAUGAUUCUUAUAUGCCUGAACAACAUAAAGUACUUAAUAAUCCACUCAAAUUUCUUAAAUAUAAAUUACAUCAAUAAAACAGAUAUGCAUUCGAUCAUUGUUUAGAUUGUCUUAUCCAUUGA